AUGCAGCAGCAGCUGUGGGGGCAGUGGCACAGGACUCAGUGUUGCUCAGUGCUGCUCAGAGCUGUUCAGUGCAGCUCAGUGCUGCUCAGUGUAGCUCAGUGCUGCUCAGUGCAGCAAAGUGCAGCUCAGUGCUGUUCAGUGCAGCUCAGUGCUGUUCAGUGCUGCUCAAUGGUGUUCAGUGCAGCUCAGUGCACCUCAGUGCAGCUCAGUGCUGCUCAGUGCAGCUCAGUGCAGCUCAGUGCAGCUCAGUGCUGCUCAGUGCAGCUCAGUGCUGUUCAGUGCAGCUCAGUGCUGUUCAGUGCUGCUCAAUGGUGUUCAGUGCAGCUCAGUGCACCUCAGUGCAGCUCAGUGCUGCUCAGUGCAGCUCAGUGCACCUCAGUGCAGCUCAGUGCUGCUCAGUGCAGCUCAGUGCAGCUCAGUGCAGCUCAGUGCUGCUCAGUGCAGCUAAGUGCUGCUCAGUGCUGCUCAGUGCAGCUCAGUGCUGCUCAGUGCUGCUCAGUGCUGCUCAGUGCAGCUCAGUGCUGUUCAGUGCUGCUCAGUGCUGCUCAGUGCUGUUCAGCGCUGCUCAGUGCUGCUCAGUGCUCGAGGUGA